UCUUUGUCUCUUCAAUCCUCACUUUUCCCUUCCCGAUCUCUUGUUCCUGUUAUCAUGAAUCGUUUGGCCGCCCAAGCUUUCAAGGGACGCUUGUCUGCUCGUUCUACCACCGGGAUUUUAAACCGUCUCUACUCCACUCAUAAGGAAAUCAAAUUUGGCGUUGAUGGUCGUGCUGGUUUGCUCCGUGGUGUGGACAUCCUCGCCAAGUCCGUCGCUGUCACUCUCGGUCCCAAGGGUCGCAACGUCUUGAUUGAACAGCCCUACGGUUCUCCCAAAAUCACCAAGGAUGGUGUCACCGUCGCCAAGUCCAUCGUUCUCGAAGACAAGUUUGAAAACUUGGGUGCUAGACUCGUCCAGGAUGUCGCUAACAAGACCAAUGAACUUGCUGGUGACGGUACGACCACCGCUACCGUUUUGGCCCGUGCCAUCUUCACGGAAGGUGUCAAGAACGUCGCUGCUGGAUGCAAUCCUUUGGAUCUUCGUCGUGGUUCCCAAAUGGCCGUUGAUGCUGUCAUUGAAUUCUUGAAAGCCAACAGCAAGGUGGUCACCACUCCCAACGAAAUUGCUCAGGUCGCCACCAUCUCCGCCAACGGUGACAAGCAUGUCGGUAACAUGAUUGCUCAAGCUAUGGAACGCGUCGGUAAGGAAGGUGUGAUUACUGUCAAGGCCGGCAAGACUUUGGAUGAUGAAUUGGAAGUCACCGAGGGUAUGCGUUUCGAUCGUGGUUACAUUUCUCCCUACUUCAUCACCGACACCAAGACCCAAAAGGUCGAAUUCGAAAAGCCCUUGAUCUUGCUUUCCGAAAAGAAGAUUUCCUUGUUGCAGGACAUCUUGCCUGCUCUCGAAACCGCCGCUACCCAACGUCGUCCUCUCUUGAUCAUUGCUGAAGAUCUUGACGGUGAAGCUUUGGCCGCCUGUAUCCUCAACAAGCUUCGUGGCCAGAUCCAGGUCGCCGCUGUCAAGGCUCCUGGUUUCGGUGACAACCGCAAGUCCACCUUGGGUGAUAUCGGUAUCUUGACCAACUCGACCGUUUUCUCCGAUGAGCUCGAUACCAAGCUUGAAAAGGCCACUCCCGAAUUGUUCGGUACCACUGGUUCCGUCACCAUUACCAAGGAAGAUACGAUCAUUUUGAACGGUGCUGGUCACAAGGACAUGAUCAAUCAACGUUGCGAACAAAUCCGUGGUGCCAUUGCCGAUCCCAGCACCUCCGAUUACGAAAAGGAGAAGCUCCAGGAACGUCUUGCCAAGCUCUCUGGUGGUGUGGCCGUCAUCAAGGUCGGUGGUGCCUCCGAAGUCGAAGUCGGUGAGAAGAAGGACAGAUUCGAUGAUGCCUUGUGUGCCACUCGUGCUGCUGUCGAAGAGGGUAUCGUUCCCGGUGGUGGCGUCGCUUUGUUGAAGGCUGUCAAGGCUCUUGAACCCCUCAAGGGUGCCAACUUUGAUCAACAGCUCGGUAUUAACAUUAUCCGCCAAGCCAUCCAGCGUCCUUGCCGUACCAUUGUCGACAAUGCUGGCGGUGAAGGUUCCGUCGUGGCCGGCAAACUUUUGGAAGAAAACGUUGACAAUGUCAACUGGGGUUACGAUGCUUCCUGCAACGAAUACACUGAUAUGAUUGAACGCGGUAUUGUCGAUCCUACCAAGGUCGUUCGCACCGCCUUGGUGGAUGCUUCCGGUGUGGCCUCGCUCUUGACCACCACCGAAUGCAUGAUCGUUGAUGCUCCUACUCAGGACAAGGGUAUGCCCGGCAUGCCUGGCGGCAUGGGCGGCAUGAUGUAAAAUAACCAACUACACCAUAAUCUAUAUACACUCUCUGGGAGGAAACAUCCUCUUUCCUUCUUUUUUUAUCAUCUCCUAAACUGUAAAAUAAACAUUGAUUCUUGUC